AUGAACCCAGAGCAAGGCUACACAGAAGCAAGAAGGUUGCUGAAAGAAAGAUACGGACAGAAAUACAGAAUCGCCGCAGCCCAUGUGCAGACCUUGACAGAAGGACCAUCAAUUAAACCUGAGGACGGAAAUGCUCUUCUACAGUACUCCAUACAACUCACCAGCUGCACAAAUACGUUAAAAGAAAUUGGCUCUCUGAGCAAGCUGGAUCACCCUGAAAAUCUGAAGAAAAUUAUCAACCGGCUUCCUUUUGGCAUGAGAUUAAAAUGGCGUGAUACUGUCGACCGUAUUAUAGAGAAAGAAGGAAGAGACGUGACGAUUGAGGACGUGACAGAAUUCGUGACUGCCAAAGCGAGAGCAGCUACCCAUCCGAUUUUUGGAAAGAUCGUGAAUGAAAAUAAGGGAAAACAGGAAGACAACAAAGGAAAGCGACAAUUUGGUUCCAGAGCGAGCGGUUUCUCAACACAGGGAGAACUAGGAAAACCGAACAAGAGUACAUGCCCGUGCAAUGCAAAUCAUUGGCUAUCGUGUUGUGAUAAGUUUCGCAAAAUGUCUCUUGAGGAAAGAAAUAAAUACGUGAGAGACAACAAACUGUGUUUAAAUUGCCUCACAAGUGGUCACUUCGUUCGCUCGUGUGCAAAGCAAAGUUUCUGUAAGGUAGAAGGAUGUUCAGGAAAGCACUCAACUUUUCUUCACCCAAGGUCUACUCAAACCGAUGGAGAGAACAACAGAGAAAGGACGCCUCCAAAACCGCCAACAAAGGAAGAAGAACGUGAAAAUAGUUCCAGUCCAGCCAACAACGGUUAUGUAAAGAUUUCUACAAAAUCAAGCCAGUUGAACAGUUCCUCAGUGACGGGUCUUGCUAUCGUUCCAGUUCGAGUGAAGGCAAAAGGAAGAUCUGAAGUG